ACUCUUCAGCCUCAUGAAUGACGACUUCACGCUCUCCAUGUGGCACUUCCAGUUCAGACUGACGUACCGGCUGAUCCUGCGCGAGAAGGAGUUGCACUUCAACAUCGGCGUGUACAACCCGAGCAAGGAGCUGACGUUCAGCUGCCAGCUGCUGCUGCACACCUACUUCAAGGUGCCCGACGUGCGCCGCUGCCAGAUCACAGGCAUGCACGGAUGCAUGUUCAUAGACAAGACGCGGGAAGGCACGGUGUACCAGGAGACGCGCGAGGUGGUGACCAUCAACGAGUGGACGGACCGCAUCUACCAGAACACCAUGCAGGAGCACAUCAUCACCAACGUCGUCAGCGGCCGCAAGAUGCGGAUACAGAAGUAUAACUUCCCCGACACAGUGAUCUGGAACCCCUGGGCGGAGUACGCGAAAGAGAUCCCAGACUUCGGCGACGACGAAUUUCCAAACAUGGUGUGCGUGGAGGCCGGCCGCGUGGCCGCGCCCAUCGUGCUGCUGCCCGGCACCGCCUUCGAGGCCAGCCAGAUCCUGCAGGUGAUGUAAGCGGCAGACGCCGCGUGUCCGCAGCCGUCCACUCGACCGUGUCAAUUCAACAGUAAACGACUCGACGACCGAAUAAAUAUUGAACGCAACAUUGAGGUAUUGUGCUGCACUACAACUGAUGUCAAACAUUAUCUGUACAAACAUGUCCGACCCGCAAAGACCCGAGAAGCAUUUAAUGUAAACUUGACCGAUCUGCAAAGAUUCCCAAAACGUUUCAGUUUAUUAAUUUAGUAUGAAAAAUACCUCUGUAGAAGCAUUUAAUGUCAAUUAUUAUAAUUUCAUUUUAAGGUUGUUCACAAAAUACUUUAUUUGCAGCCUUGUACAGUCGCAGA